GCUCCUCAUCUCCACUGGAGAUGAAAAAAAUUAUCCCUCUGCAAAGGAAUUUGCAACGUCAAGAUAUUUCCAUUAGAGCAGGAUUGUGUGUGUGUGUGUGUGCUGAAGGAGAGGAAAACAACAGGAAAGGUCAUUAUGUCGUCUCCAUGGGAAAAUGUCUUGUGCAAAGCUCCCCAAUAUUGUUGUCUUUAAAGGAUAAAAGGCAUUAAGAGAGCUGUACCAAACUCCAACCCCUGUUUUAUUGCUUAUUCAAAAAUAAUUGUCAGUUAUUUGUAUUUGAGGUAUUCUGCCUCUGUACAGCGUGUUCUCACACAAACAACAAUCACUCAAAGGUGAUUAUAUCCUCAAUGCUGCAAUGACAUGCAAAGCCAGAGUAUUUGUUAUAAAAACAUCUACAGUCAUGGACAAAAGUCUUGUCGUAGGUAGACAGUAUGAAUUAAAAAAAACUCUUAACUCCCUAAGUAAUCCUCCUAUUGUUGAGAACUAUGGUUCAUAAGAAUCAUUUUAGUCUUGUUAUUCUCUGGUAAAAAUGACACAACGUGUCUUCAAACCGUCUUGAAUCAGUAACGUAAUAGUCACAAAUAGACAGGUUAUUAGCUGGACAAAAGUCUUGUCACGUUUUACACUUUAUUGAAAUGUAUUCAACAAAUAUUUCUUUGUUUCAGAACAACAUCAAAGCAUCAUAGCAACAAGCAUGUUGAACAUUUUUACCAUGAGAGAUUUGAUCGUUUCAGUAUCGGCUGUGGCUUCCCUUUGCUUGGAUGACGGUUGACAUUCAGCUGGGCAGGGACUACAACUGGUUGAUGAAGGCAUCUGGGAUGGCAUAAAACGCGGCCUCACAUGCCUUCCACAGGUCAUCUAGAUUCUUUGGGUUUGGCUCUCAGGUGUCUUCCUUCAUUUUUGCCCAAAUGUGCUCAAUAAUGUUCAUGUCUGGGGACUGUGCGGGCCACUUUUCGAGAACUUUGAUCUUCCGCUGCUGCAGAAAAUUUCUUGGUAGAGACCGAUGUAUGGCAUGGAGCGCCAUCCUGCUGGAAGAUCUGACCCCUCUUGUGUUCUGGAAUGUAGUGGGAAGCAAGAAUCUGUUGAUAUUUGAUUGUGUCGAUGUUUCCAUCUACUUUGCAAAUCUUCCUUCCUCCUCCAUGUCAGAUGAACCCCCACACCAUUAUCUUCCCGCCUCCGAAUUUGACCGUUUUCUGGGUGUACCUUGGAUUUAGGCUUGGUUUAGGCUUUGGUUUGGUAGAAAAUUAUGUAUUACAAAGUAUGAGAAUAGUCCUAAUUUCAUGCAUGGUGAGAGGAGGUUUUGCACAAUUAACAUCAGCAGGAGGUGGAGUCUGCUGGAUAUUUAAAUAUGAGCCACAGGUGGAACGGAAGACCUUUUCCUCCUGAAGAUUACGCUGAUCUUUGAGACGGGCAGGCUGCUGGACCGUGGACAAGUCUUUCAUCAGUCGAGUCAAAAGAGCAAAGGUGAGCGUUGGCCAUGGAGACGAUCUGGUUGCACUGCUUGAUUCUAACUGUGAUAACGACAUGGAUGGGUGUGUGUGUCACACAUGCAAAGCAAACAAGAUGGCCUUUAUAUUCCCAGACGCCCGUUCUUCUCGUUUGGAACGCCCCUACACAGGACUGUGCCCCGCGCCAUGGAGUCACUUUACCUUUGGACCAGUUUCACAUUGUGGCCUCGCCCAACGAGGGCUUCACCCGGCAAAAACUUACCAUAUUCUACAAGGAGCGCCUCGGCUUGUACCCGUACUACGAGCGGGAUGGCACUGCGGUCCAUGGAGGCCUCCCGCAGCUUGCCAGCCUCACGCAACACUAUGAGAAGAUGCCAGAAGGCGUGCAGAAAUACAUACGUGAGCCAGGGGCCAAAGGUUUGGCUGUCAUCGACUGGGAGGAGUGGCGGCCGUUGUGGAUCAGGAAUUGGGACUCUAAAGACAUCUAUCGCAGCAAAUCCCGGGAGAUGGUGCUGAAAAAGAACCCAACAUGGAGCCAGGAGCAAGCGACAAAGGUGGCCCAGCAGGAAUUUGAGCUGUCGGCCCAGAAAUUCAUGCUGGAAACUCUAAAACUCGCAAAGAACCUGCGGCCCAACCAGCUGUGGGGCUUCUACUUGUUUCCAGAUUGCUACAACCACGACUACAGGAACGGCCUGAAGAACUACACAGGCCGCUGCCCGGCGCUGGAGACAGACCGCAAUGACCAGCUCAACUGGUUGUGGAUGGAGUGCACGGCGCUCUUCCCGUCAAUAUACAUGGGAUCUGUGCUGCGCUCCACGCAAUACGGCCGCCUCUUUGUGCACAACAGAGUGAAGGAAGCCGUGCGCCUGGCAUCUGUUGGCGAUGGACUAGCACGCCCGGUUUUUGUCUACACCCGACCCACGUACAUCAACGAGAUGACCCUCCUCACUGAAACAGACCUGGUGUCCACCAUCGGCGAGAGCGUUGCGCUGGGAGCGGCGGGCGUCAUCUUCUGGGGGGACUCAUCCUACUCGAGCGCCAGCAGCUGUUCGGCCCUGAAAGGCUAUCUCAGCGGGCCGCUGGGACGCUACCUGCUCAACGUGUCCACGGCGGUGGAGCAGUGCAGCCGGGCGCUGUGCAACCUCCACGGCCGCUGUCUGCGCAAGCGAGCGGAUGAUGCCGACGCGUACCUUCACCUCAGCCCGUCCACGCACAGCAUCAGUCACCAGAACAGCCGCCUGAAGGUGAGCGGUGAGCUUGGCAAGGCCGAGCUGGCAGUUUGGCGCCAACGCUUCCAAUGCCAGUGCUACAGCGGGUACCAGGGGGAGGCCUGCGCUCAGAGAGAGGCGGGGCAGAAUAGAGCCUCCUCUGUUCUAGGAGCCUGGCCGCUUUGCAUCUUACUCCCGCUAGGACUCCUCACGCUGCUACAGUGAGGAAAUGAAGCGACCCAAAAUAUUCACCGCUGGUGCCAAGCAACAACAAAACAACAAUAGUUUGGUUGUUUGGCAUAAAAUGGCCACAGGUUCCUGAUCACUGAAGAUAGCGCUGCAGAGCCUCUGCUAACUUACUGCAGUCUUAUUUUCUAAACGUGCUCCCAACAAGAAAGCUGCUUCAGAACAUCCAAGUGCUGGAUCACAUCAAAAAAGCCUUUCUCUCAGGCUUCAUGCUGGCCUUGACCUGCAGAUCUACUAACCUUAAUGAGGGACCACAGAGUCUUUAUAAUACUGUCUUAUGUAAAAAAUUUUAAAAAAGCAAAGCAUUUUUAUUAGGGCCCGAGCACCAAGCAAUAGCAUUAUGAAGGCCCUAAUGUUUGUUAUUCUCCUUGUUUCCUUGCGUUUUUGAGGGCCUUAAAGGAAAAGUGCACUUUUUUGUAAUUUUGCCCAUUACGCACAAAACUUAUGUGAGACAUGAACACACGUCUUUCUCUUUUCUUGCGUGUUCUAAAGAUAUAAAAACAGGUAAAAAGAGGCAGCUAAGGAUGCACGUAAUGGGACACACCUAUUCCGCCUAUAAAGCCUUCUGAAAAAAGUGCCAGCAACGCACAAUGUGACCUGCAUAUUAACCAAGCUACAGUAACAUUGUUAUUAACAUUGUUACACCCAAGAACUACCUUACUGGUGUAGUGACACCUCGUCACACCACACCAGCUAGUGACUAGCUUCCCCACACACUCACAUUGCCUCAGGCCUCAGGUAACGCUACAUAUUGGAGCUGGCACCACUGCUGCUGUUUUUGUUUUUGACUUUGGAAAAGUUAACUCUAGCUGUAGUGUUCCUUUCUAUGUUGCUAUGUGAAAUCAAUGCACCCAGGAAGGAAGUUCCGCUAAUGCUUCAAAUGAGCAAAAUACUGUAAGUAUUACAUGUUAUCAUGAAUGUAGCUGUUACUACAUGCUCACAGCAUGGAUAUAAAACCAUAAAACCUUGUUGGAGCUUUUUGGAGGUGUUUUAAUAGCAGCCUUUCUAGGCAGAAUAGGUGUGUCCCAUUACGUGCAUUAAUUACCUGCCUCUUUUUACCUGUUUUUAUAUCUCUAGAACGCACAGAAAAGAGAAAUACGUGCGUAUGUCUCACAGAGGGAUUGUGGAUGAUGGGCAAAAUCCCUCCAAAAAUGGUGCUUUUCCUUUAACAUGCAUAAAAAGCUUGCCAAAGUUCGCAAAGUGUGCAUCGGGCCCGGCGAAAAACUUUCUAUUUCAGUGGUUCUGAACACGAACCCCACAAUUCACAGUAGCGCUCUUUAUGAAUUUAGAAAAAACAUUAGCACUUGCCACUAGUUUCACGGAUCGUCACAGAAUUUGGUGUAGACGUCUAUCUUCACAAGACGCAUGCAAAAAGUCUGUAGAAGCCAUUUUGGGCGACAACCUGGGGUUGUUCUUUUGACAAACUCAUUUUGGGGACUUUGACUAAAUGAGCCCAAAUGAAAGUCAUGGAUGCUAGACAGAUGGGUGAUGAUAAAUUGUGAAGGAUUUUAGGUGAUGCCAUAAGAUGUGGGAGAAGCCUUGCCUUUGAUGAAGCAAGACGAAACCUCAGCAAGUCGGCUCUAUGAGGUCAGACUUUGAAAGUAAUUGGAGUGUCUGAUGAUGAUGACACUCUGAGGACAUCCGUGUGUGCUUUUCUUAAUUAACUAAUGUGCCACCUCGUUGCUGCGAGUCCUGCGUAAACCCUGAUUUAUGGGGAUGCAAGUGCCCGUUCCACGCUGCUUGCAGCUUGAUUUUUUAAAAAACUCAACAAACUGGAUGCAAUCUUUUGCGCACAAUCUCAUUUUUAGAUUUUAUUGUUGUGUGAACCCAACAGCACGUUUAAAUUCUGAACACUAUAUUGCACCAAAAGGGGAGAAAUAUUACAAAUCAUCCAGCUGGCUAUGGAAUUUCUUCCAAUCUCACCAAGAAACCAAAUAAAAAUAAAAAAAGAGCGAGAUUCAUACUGCAUUCUGUGCUCUUCAUUGUUAACAAUUUUCCGACACCUCUUGACUGAACCUGCCUUUUUCUUUUGAAGAACAUGUCUUAUUCUUUAUUGUUUACGGAUGCCUUUAUUGAUGUUUUUCUAUGACAGUGUUGAGCUCAGCCUUCUGUUGGUAACAGUGUUUUGUAAAAGUCUACCUGCCUUUCAUUAUCAUCAAAUGAUCAUCAUAUCCCUCCAUGUAAAGCUGUGAAAGUUUUAUGCAAAGAAAAAAAAAAAGGAUAAUUGGACAUUGGAAAAUGCAUAAUGUGUCACUAAUAUAUAUUGUAAAUGCACCAACAUCUUUUGGUAACUGUAAGACCUUAUGUCCAAGUUCCUGCUAAAGCAACUGUGAUGACAGCGACGACUGUAGCUCGCAUCACCAUAUCUAACAUAUAUUUUAAUGUCAUUCUUGGUAGCUGGCGCUAUCUGGGCAGUCUAUGUAUACCGUAGGUUCUGUAUUUAUUCUCUAUGCCAACGGGCAAAAAGGGUAUUUAGCUAUCAAGAUGUGUUUGUAGAAGCUGCCAAGCAAUAGAAUGUUUACGAUGCUGCAAACUUCAUGACAUUGUGCACUUUAACCCGUUUUUCAGUUGCAUGAAGUUUGUACUGGGUACAAAGACGGGCAUACUGGCAGUGCAUUAAUAGUUUGGUUGGAAUCGUUUAGUUGGUCAUUACUUUUGUUUCUGCUGGCGUUUAGAAAGCCUAAUUUUUUUCAAAUGCAUUGAAACAAAUUGGCUGUCGUUUAAUGACAUGUUUUGUCAUAAUAUUCUCUCAUCAGGUGCUUUUUUUUUUUUUUACAUUAAAGAUAAUUUCACUUUACGUUUGGACUUUUAA